AGCACGUAUACACGCAAGGGGUAAACCCUGAUGAGGUCAGCAGGUCAGGCUCUAUACUCGAAGGAUAUCUGCGGGCUAUGCCGAAGCUUCAAUCAGCACUCAGCUCUGGAACUUGUGUGUUGGUGGUUGCUCCGUCAGAGAAAGUGGAGUGUAGAAGUGACGGAGGAACCCUGGCGUUGAGCCUCUUAUAUAGGCCCAAUUCUCGCCUGCUAUUCGGAGCAGUGAGCUCCUUGGGAGCAGUGAGCUCUUCGGGGCAGCGCAGCGCGAAGAAUGUGGAGCAAAGGAUAUCUGCGGGCUAUGCCGAAGCUUCAGUCAACACUCAACUCUGGUACAUGUGUGUUGGUGGUUGCUCCGUCAGAGAAAGUGGAGUGUAGAAGUGACGGAGGAACCCUAGCGUGGAGCCUCUUAUAUAGGCCCA